UUUGUUCGGUUACUGAGUUGCUGCCUUGGCCAGAGUCCGGAGCAGCCGCCGCCCGAGUGCGCAGAGCUCAGUUCGCUGCCCGCGCCGGCUCCCUCCCGGCUCGACUCCGACACGGCCCGGCCCGGCUCCACGCUCAGGUACACCCGAUCAGGGUAAAUAGCACUGCGGGCAGAGAAGGGACAGCAAGAGGCCGGCAGGCGGGUUCCAGCGGUUUCAGGGCAGCAGCCGCCAUGGAGGUGAUGAACCUGAUUGAACAGCCCAUCAAGGUGACCGAGUGGCAGCAGACGUACACCUACGACUCAGGCAUCCACUCAGGUGUCAAUACCUGUGUGCCAUCCAUCAGCAGCAAGGGCAUCAUGGAUGAGGAUGAUGCCUGUGGCAGGCAGUACACACUCAAGAAGACCACCACCUAUACCCAGGGCGUGCCCCAGAACCAAGCUGACCUGGAGUACCAGAUGUCCACUACAGCCAGAGCCAAGCGGGUGCGGGAGGCCAUGUGUCCAGGUGUGUCAGGCGAGGACAGUUCUCUACUGCUGGCCACCCAGGUGGAGGGGCAGACCACCAACCUGCAGCGCCUGGCCGAGCCAUCCCAGUUGCUCAAAUCGGCCAUUGUACAUCUCAUCAACUACCAGGAUGAUGCCGAGUUGGCCACCCGGGCUUUGCCUGAGCUCACCAAGCUGCUCAACGACGAGGAUCCGGUAGUGGUGACCAAGGCGGCUAUGAUUGUGAACCAGCUGUCCAAGAAGGAAGCAUCCCGCCGGGCGCUAAUGGGCUCGCCGCAGCUGGUAGCCGCCGUGGUGCGUACCAUGCAGAACACCAGUGACCUGGACACGGCUCGGUGUACCACCAGUAUCCUGCAUAACCUCUCCCACCACCGGGAGGGGCUGCUCGCUAUCUUCAAGUCUGGAGGCAUCCCUGCUCUCGUCAGAAUGCUCAGUUCCCCUGUGGAGUCUGUCCUGUUCUACGCCAUCACCACACUGCACAACCUGCUGCUCUCCCAGGAGGGAGCCAAGAUGGCGGUGCGUCUGGCGGAUGGGCUGCAGAAGAUGGUACCUCUGCUUAACAAGAACAACCCUAAGUUCCUGGCCAUCACCACCGACUGCCUGCAGCUCCUGGCCUAUGGCAACCAGGAGAGCAAGCUGAUCAUCCUGGCCAAUGGGGGGCCCCAGGGGCUCGUGCAGAUCAUGAAGAACUACAGCUACGAGAAACUUCUCUGGACCACCAGCCGUGUGCUCAAGGUCCUCUCCGUGUGUCCCAGCAACAAGCCUGCCAUCGUGGAGGCUGGUGGGAUGCAGGCCCUGGGCAAGCAUCUGACAAGCAACAGCCCACGCCUGGUGCAGAACUGCCUGUGGACCUUGCGCAACCUCUCAGAUGUGGCCACCAAGCAGGAGGGCCUGGAGGGCGUGCUGAAGAUCCUGGUCAACCAGCUGAGUGUGGAUGACGUCAACGUGCUCACCUGUGCCACCGGCACCCUCUCCAACCUGACCUGCAACAACAGCAAAAACAAGACGCUGGUAACACAGAACAGCGGUGUGGAGGCGCUCAUCCAUGCCAUCCUGAGAGCUGGGGAUAAGGAUGACAUCACAGAGCCCGCCGUCUGUGCUCUGCGUCACCUUACGAGCCGCCACCCGGAGGCUGAGAUGGCCCAGAACUCUGUGCGCCUCAACUAUGGCAUCCCAGCCAUUGUAAAGCUACUGAACCAGCCAAACCAGUGGCCCCUGGUCAAGGCAACUAUCGGCCUGAUCCGGAAUCUGGCUCUGUGCCCAGCUAACCACGCCCCACUGCAGGAGGCCGCGGUCAUUCCUCGCCUUGUUCAGCUGUUGGUUAAGGCCCACCAGGAUGCCCAGCGACAUGCGGCUGCUGGCAUCCAGCAGCCCUACACGGACGGUGUGAAGAUGGAGGAGAUUGUGGAAGGCUGUACUGGAGCCCUGCACAUCCUUGCCCGGGAUCCCAUGAACCGAAUGGAGAUCUUCCGGCUCAACACCAUUCCGCUGUUUGUCCAACUCCUGUAUGCUUCCCUGGAGAACAUCCAGCGUGUGGCUGCCGGGGUGCUGUGUGAGCUGGCCCAGGACAAGGAGGCUGCCGAUGCCAUUGAUGCCGAGGGUGCCUCUGCGCCUCUCAUGGAACUGCUCCACUCCCGCAAUGAGGGCACCGCCACCUACGCUGCCGCUGUCCUCUUCCGCAUCUCGGAGGACAAGAACCCAGAUUACCGUAAGCGAGUGUCUGUGGAGCUCACCAACUCACUCUUCAAGCAUGACCCAGCUGCCUGGGAGGCUGCCCAGAGUAUGAUCCCAAUCAACGAACCCUAUGCAGAUGACAUGGAUGGUACCUACCGCCCCAUGUACUCCAGCGAUGUGCCUCUGGACCCACUGGAUAUGCAUAUGGACAUGGAUGGGGACUACCCCAUGGACACCUAUAGUGACGGCCUGAGGCCUUCCUACCCCACUGCAGACCACAUGCUGGCCUAGCUGGCUCCACCUCAGAGCUGUUUCUCACCUGGGAAGCUCUGGAGAGCAGACUGUGGGAUGAGACAGAAAAGCACCUGAGCCCUGGGAGCUAGCCUGGACUUCCUGCUGAACCCACGCUCCAGAGCUCCUCCGCAGGGUUUCUUGGGAUGGUGUCUGCUCCUGCUUUUCUGUCCUGGACUGUGGAUCCAGGCUUCACUCAGCACCUUCUCCCCUCCCCACUAUGGCUACGGCCACCAAAGCUUUAGACUCAGCCUGUGUCCCCACACAGCAACCCUCUCUGCUGGUUCCAGCUGCCUGGGCCCCCCAGGGCUUCCAUCCUUUUCUUUUUCUUUUU